UAUGGAAAUACACUUGUCCUUAUAUGGUAGAAUUUCGGAGUCGCUGGAACCUUCCACCACAAAUCAUCCAUACGACACAUAAAACCACUGUUCGCCUAUGGGCGGUGUCAUUAGUAAGGCUGAGCGUUCCACACAAGCAUCGAUCGUCUGCAUUCUCAUAAUAUCGGCUGCUGGUAGAACGAAAAAGCAAUAUGUGCGACGACGAUGUUGCUGGAUUGGUGAUUGACAAUGGAUCUGGGAUGUGUAAAGCCGGAUUCGCUGGGGAUGAUGCCCCUCGUGCUGUAUUCCCUUCAAUUGUCGGACGACCACGACAUCAGGGUGUCAUGGUCGGCAUGGGACAGAAGGACAGCUACGUCGGCGAUGAGGCCCAGAGCAAGAGAGGUAUCCUCACCUUGAAGUAUCCCAUCGAGCACGGCAUCGUCACAAACUGGGACGAUAUGGAGAAGAUCUGGCAUCACACCUUCUACAACGAGCUCCGAGUCGCCCCUGAGGAGCACCCAGUCCUGCUGACCGAGGCUCCCCUCAACCCCAAGGCCAACAGGGAAAAGAUGACACAGAUCAUGUUCGAGACCUUUAAUACACCCGCCAUGUACGUGGCCAUCCAGGCUGUGCUUUCCUUGUACGCCUCUGGUCGUACCACUGGGAUUGUUCUCGACUCUGGUGAUGGUGUCACUCACACUGUCCCAAUCUAUGAAGGCUAUGCCCUUCCCCACGCCAUACUCCGCUUGGACUUGGCAGGUCGUGAUCUUACUGAUUAUCUCAUGAAGAUUCUGACCGAGCGUGGUUACUCAUUCACCACAACCGCCGAGAGAGAAAUCGUGCGUGACAUUAAAGAAAAACUGUGCUACGUGGCAUUGGAUUUCGAACAAGAGAUGCAGACAGCAGCUUCGUCGAGUUCCCUUGAGAAGAGUUAUGAGUUACCGGACGGGCAAGUGAUAACCAUCGGCAACGAGAGGUUCAGGUGCCCCGAGGCGCUGUACCAACCGAGCUUCUUGGGAAUGGAGUCCGCAGGAAUCCAUGAGACGACGUACAAUAGCAUCAUGAAGUGUGACGUCGACAUCAGAAAGGACUUGUAUGCUAAUUCUGUGUUAUCUGGCGGUACCACCAUGUACCCUGGCAUUGCCGAUCGUAUGCAGAAGGAGAUUUCGGCACUGGCACCAAGCACUAUGAAAAUUAAGAUCAUUGCUCCACCAGAGAGGAAAUACUCCGUUUGGAUUGGUGGUUCCAUCUUGGCGUCUUUAUCCACCUUCCAACAGAUGUGGAUCAGCAAACAGGAAUACGACGAAUCUGGUCCCUCAAUUGUUCACAGGAAGUGUUUCUAAACUCGCAUAAUAUGCACUCAGUAACUUUGGGCACGUCAUCCUGGUCACUAAGGGCCGGGGAAGGAUUGAUGUGAAAACAGUACCGUCAUUUGAUAUGCAUAUCGAAGUAAUGCAGCCAUUUUUAUCUAAAGCAACACCAGCGACAAAUUUGUUGCGAUGUGCGGAGGUAAAGAUUGCUCGUCUUCGGGUAAAACUAGUUAAUCGCUUCAGGCGAGCUCUAAGGCGGAUCUUAUUGACGUUAGACGUACAGAUAAACUGGAGCUCUUUCAAGGUUAAACAGUACUCAUCACGUUGCCCAAUCGAAUGAAUAUACCGUUUACUGACCACAAUAAACUCGCCCGAAUCUUUCCUCUAACGAAUUUUAGAGGGGUGUUAUACACUUCUUACACCCCUCAGAUUCACUAAUUCAUGAAAGAUCGAUCUCAAUUGCAUGGGCGCCGUGCUCAACCGAUAGGCCAUACGGGCACCAUGCGCUCUCGCAAGUUCAAGUCACCACAAGGGUGCGAUAGAGAAGCUAUGGGACUGUUGGGCCUGCCGGUGAUGAAGAAACUGUAGUCCCCCCGGAAAAUAGUCCUAUAUCCUGUUGUUUGUUGACGAAAAAAGCUACUGACACUACAGACAAAGAAAACAAUGAGGAAAUUCGGACUUUCUCCACGGUUACUCGCAUAUCUUUCACACCGUCGUUUUGGCUUUUACACUUGUCGUACGAAACGUGAUUGCUGCGAGGACGCCUAUAUACAUUUCAUGAAACCAUUUAUUCUAUACGCAUGCACUAGCAAGUUAUUGAAACAUCAUCCGUCUUGUGAUAGUAAAUGCCUGUACGUGCAACUGAUGUUAUAUAUUUUUGUAUAAAAUAAAAUGUCGCAAGAGUAAAGACAA